CGUAAUGAGCUGCUACUCUUUGAGGUGUGUAAUGCUCAUGCUAUGCUGUGGUUCGGCUUAUGUAACUGCCCAGCAGAUAGAAACCGGCUUCUGUGAGGGAAGAAGCUGUCUAGAAGGUGAAGACUUGGCGGAAAAACAGAAUCCGGAACGUACACAAGAACCAGUACAUUCAAGUGGCAUGGAGUGGCGGUCGCAUGGAAAGGACAACAGUGAUCUUGUUUCUCAGCUUAAGCGAAACAAAAUCGUCAAAUCUCAACGCGUGGAAGAGGCUAUGAGAAGAGUAGAUCGAGGAAACUACUGCAGUAUCUCACCGUAUAUGGACUCUCCUCAGGCGAUUGGAUAUGGCGUGACAAUUAGUGCUCCUCAUAUGCACGCACACGCUCUAGAGAUGCUCAAGGACCAUUUGUAUGAUGGAGCUAAAGCUUUGGAUGUGGGUUCAGGUAGUGGCUACUUAACUGCAUGUAUGGCAGAGAUGGUAGGAGAGAGUGGAAAAGUGAUUGGUAUUGACCAUAUUCCAGAACUUGUGGAGAAAUCCAGAAAAAAUAUAAAACAACAAAAUUCUGAUCUUUUAGAUAGUGGAAGGAUAGUUCUUGUGUCGGGGGAUGGAAGAAAGGGAUAUGCAGAUGAUGCCCCAUAUGAUGCAAUACAUGUGGGUGCUGCAGCACACCCCAUUCCUGAUGCUCUCUUGGAACAACUGAAGAAGGGAGGCAGGCUUUUUAUACCUGUAGGCCCCAUUCAUGGUGACCAGUGGCUUGAACAGAUUGACAAGGACAAAGAUGGAAAUAUAGUCCGGCAAAAGUUGAUGGGUGUGCGAUAUGUACCUUUAACAGACAGAGAACAACAACACAGACCUUAACAUAUGUUCCUGUGUGUAAAUAUCUGAUAUGUGGGGUAGUCAGAAGUAUGGAAAUUGUUGAAUUGAGAUGGCACUUGUUACUUAUUGGAUACUGUACAGA